AGACACAUCCUCUUAACACAUCAUCAUCAUUCCAUUGAUUUAUUAAUUUUAUCUGCUUUUGCACACGCUCAGGAAGAAGCCAAAUUUAAUAGUGCUUACAUCCAAUCUUGUUUGGAAAAGGUUGCUCCUUCCUUCUCAAACUAUAAUGGCAAUCUCAACGAACGAUGUUUCAUCGACCAGCGAUGAUGUCAUCAAUAGUGUCGAAACAGUUUUGAAUGACUCCUCUGCACAAGAAAUAUGUGAAGUGCUGAAAGCCCAGGAAGACAGAUAUGAUGGUGUAAUUGUUGACGUAGGGAAUAUGCAAAACGAUGCCACUCGUUUUGCGACUUCACUGAAAGCAUCACUUUUUCAAUGGGCGCGCCAGGCGAAGAGAGCGGUGUGGAUUAAAGUGCCCAAAGAACAGGCAACACUAGUUCCCGUUGCGAUUGAGGCAGGAUUUUGGUACCACCAUGCAGAGCCUUCAUAUGUGAUGUUAGUGUAUUGGAUCCCUCAAAUUCCUUGUACCAUCCCUCAUAAUGCUUCGCAUCAAGUGGGAAUCGCAGCUUUUGUAUUCAACGACAAAGGAGAGGUUCUAGUAGUUCAGGAAAAGUGUGGACCUCACAAGGAUUCUGGGUUGUGGAAGAUGCCAACAGGAAGGGUUAACCAGGGGGAAGGCAUUAAGGAAGGGGCCAUAAGAGAAGUUCAUGAAGAAACAGGGAUUGAAACAGAAUUUGUACACGUGGUCGGAUUCAGGGAUGGUCACAAUUUUCUGUUUGGAAAAUCCGAUAUGCUCUUUGUGUGUAUGCUGAAAUCCGUUUCUUGUAAUAUUGUUAUACAAGAAACCGAAAUUUCAGCAGCCAAGUGGAUGGCCAUCGAGGAAUUCGCAGCUCAACCUAAAAAUGAAGAGAUUACACUUCUAAAAGAUAUGAUUGGCGCAUGUGUGACCACCAUGGAUGGACAAUGUGAAGGAUUUUCAGCCAUUGAGAUCCCUGCUAACUCCCGCAAACCUUCUACUUUUUACUGUGGUGCCGUUCAUACUGAAUAAUCUAUCAUGUUUGGUGAUUGGAAAUCAAAAAUUCAGUGGAUUUAAGCGAUCUAAAUUUUACUGUCAACUCUACCAGUCAAGCAAUUUUUGUAUGAGUGUUCCAAACACUACAUAAAUUCAAUAUUAUUUUUAAUUCUGUCUAUUCA